UUGGUUUGAAUCGCAGUCAGCUGCUGGCCUGUUUGCGGAGUGAUGGACUGCAGGACUUUAGGACGAGCUUCCUGGGAGGGGUGCUUCGAUGGGGAUGUUUGAUUUUUACCGUCAGCCGUCGCCCCUGGCCUGCCGCCCAGAGUGCAGGUGCACAUGGACACCACAAUGUGUAGACCAGCCAUCUCUCCGGCCCACUUGGACACCACAGCUUCCGAAACAUUCACGGUGCUUCAGCAGAGGAUGAGAAUAGUGGAGGCACAGACCAGCUCCCUGAGGGAUGACCUGAUUAUGCUGGGCUGUGGGGACAAAAGAGAUCGGUUGGAAACUCCAAACUAUUUCGAAGACCCUGCCAACCAGAAAGUUAUUAGUCCUAUCCAGAGUGAAGUAAUCUGCCCAGGAAAAACAGAUGUUUUGUGGAAGAACUGUGAGUUUCUGGUAAAUCGAAUGUGUCAUCUGGAAAGCCUCAUCCAGUCCUUGAAGAUGAACAUCUUUCAUCUGCAAACUGAAAAGGAUUUGAAUCCACAGAAGACAGCUUUACUGAAGGACCGACUGAAUAUAAUACAGGAGGAGCACUCCAAAGAUUUGAAGCUGUUACAUCUUGAAGUGAUGAACUUGCGCCAGCAACUGAGAGAUGUAAAACAGGAGGAGGACAAGGCACAAGAUGAAGUGCAAAGGUUGACCGCCACUCUGGAAAUGGCCUCCGAGACCAAGAAGAAUUCAGCUAUUAUUGAAGAGGAGCUGAAAACCACCAAACGUAAAAUGAACCUUAAAAUUCAGGAGCUCAGGAGACAGCUGGCUCAGGAGAAGCACUUCAGGGAAUCUCUUGAAAAAUCAGGAUCCGCUAUGCUCCUCAAAAUACAGGAAAUGGGAUCCACGGUGGAGGUGGAACGGAAACAGGUGCACAUUUUGCAGCAAAACUGCCUGGCCUUGCGCAAUUCUAUGCAGACCACCCAAGAUCUACUGGCCCAGGAGCAACAGAAAAAGGGAGAGUUGGAGACUGCUACCUUGCAACUCAAGGCUGACCUGAAUUCUAGAGAUGACCUCAUUUCCAAGUUGCUUGAAGAAAACAAGAAUAUGCAAGUGUCUUUCAACAAAGAACAUAAAGAAAAUGCAUAUUUGAGGUCUGAAAUAUUAACCUUUCAUCAAGCAUUAGAAAAAGCACAGGUCCUGAAUGACCAGCUGACAAGAAAGUGUUCCGAGCUGAGCAGCAUGCUGCAGACCGCCAGUGUGGAGAAGGCCAGGCUCAUCGCUGAUCACCAGGCCAUGCUGCAGGUGGAGCAGAAGAUGAUGACUCAGACUUUCCAGGAGCAAAGCCUGCUGCUGGAUGCAGCCCACGCCAGCAUCACAGGCGAGCUGCAGGCCGUUCAGAAUGAGAAGACGCAACUCCAGGCUCAUCUGGACCAUCUGACCCUUGAGCAUAACCAGUGUGUGCAAAAAGCCCAGGAUGCUGAGAAGAGGACGGCGGUGCAGAAGGAGCUUCUGGAAGCCACCAUCGCAAGGCUGCGAAGUGAGCUGGAAGCAUCGGUGCAGGAGAAGAAGUCCCUGCUGGAGGAGAACAAAAGAUUCCAGAGAGAGGCUAAAAAGACAGAAAAAGAAAUAGUACAAGAAAAAUGCGCUUUGGAAAAGGAACUAGCUAAAAACAAGGUAGAUGUGAACACCUUAAAUGAAAAUCUGCAGACACUAGUGGACGAAAAUAAGCAGCUUGCAGAUCAAAUGGCUUCCCUUGGACUGCAGCAAGACGCUCCCGACUACCAUGGGCUUGCCCGGCAGAAGGUGGAAAAAGUUUUGGGAAAAAUUACUGAGAGCAAAAACAAACUGGCUUAUGAAAAGGGAAAACUCCAGGUAAAAGUUAAACAGCUAGAAGAACAACUACAUUCUUUUGCUGAAACCAGUUUACAGAAUGACCAUCUACAGAAGUUAAAUAAGACUCUUGAAGCGAAGUAUGCUCAGGUGAAAUCCAUUCUUGAGAAAAACGAGGAGGAGCUGUCCCAAGCAGUGAGGCGCCGGGACGCAGCUCUGCAGGAGAGCCAGAAGCUGAAAGGGGACCUGGAGGCCUUGGAGGACAGGGAGAGCAAGAAGGUGGGAAACUUCCAGCGACAGUUGGCAGAGGCGAAAGAAGACAACUGCAAAGUUACCAUCAUGCUGGAAAACGUGCUGGCUUCUCACAGUAAGAUGCAAGGAGCUCUGGAGAAAGUGCAGAUAGAGCUGGGGCGAAGGGAUUCCGAGAUCGCAGGCCUCAAGAAAGAAAGGGCUCUAACCCUGCAGCGGGUGCAGAAGCUGGAAGCCGAGGUGGACCAGUGGCAGGCCCGGAUGCUCGUCGUGGACGCGCAGCACAGCAGCGAGAUGGAGCCGCUGCAGAAAUCUCUAGAUGUAGCUAGAGAAGACAACAGGAAACUGGCCGUGAGCCUGGAGCAAGCUCUCCAGACAAAUAAUCGUCUGCAAACCAAGCUGGAUCAUGUUCAAGAAAAACUGGAGAACAAAGAGCUCGAGUGGCAGAAUUUAGAAACCCUCAGGGAGCGGAUGACAGAGGAGUGCAAAGUGGAAGCAGAAAUGCACGCCGAGCGCAUAGAGGGUCUAAGAAAGCAGUUUCAGACCGAGAGGGAGACUGCGAAGAAAGCUGCUCAGCGGGAAGUCACUGAGCUGAAGAAAGCCCUGGACGAGGCCAACGUCCGGUCAGUGGAGGUGUCCAAGACCAACCGAGAGCUGCGGCAGAGAACGGCCGAGCUGGAGAAGACGCUGAGCUGCAGCCAGGAGAAGCUCAAAAGCCAGAAGGCCCAGAUAAAGCUGCACAUGUCAGCAAAGCUGGCCAACGCCCAGAACGUGGAGAGGAUGAAGCAAAUAGAAACGGAACUGAGGCAAAUGGAGCUGAUUAAGGAUCAAUAUCAGAAAAAAAACUACGAACAGUCCCUGAGCAUCCAGAGGUUCGUGUCGGAAGUGGCCAACCUGCAGAAGGAGAUGCAGCUGCUGGCCAAGAGCCAGUGUGAGACCUCGGCCCGGAACAGACAGCAAGAGCUGCGGCUGGCGGCCGAGCACAAGCUGCGGCAGGAGCUGGAGGGCCGGUGCCAGGAGCUGGAGGAGACCAUCAGACACCUGCGGAGGUGUAAAGAGGCAACGGAGAAUAAACUGAAAGAGGCCAGCAUGGAGUCGGAGCAGAUAACCGCCAACCUGGAGGAGGCGCACCGCUGGUUCCAGUGCAGGUGCGACGGCCUACAGCUGGAGCUGACCAAGAACCGGCUGCAGAGGCUUCCCCGGGAGGACAGGUGGCCGGAAGAGGACGAAGACACGAGGCACAAAGUCACGUCCACCCAGUCUGUUCUGCACCGGUGGGAGACGAAACAGAGCCUUGGACUUGGGCCCAAGAAGCUCCCCUCCGAGGUGGAGAGGAAGAAAUGUCCGUGACAGAGGAGCUGCCCGGACGCGGCUGCACCUCCGUGACGCGGAGCCCAGGGGCCGGGGCUGGCCCGCUGCACGGCCAGGGCGCGGCCUUUGUGGGCGGAGGAGCUGGGCCGAGUUUGCCCUGCGUGAACUCUUUUGUAUCGCCACAGAGCCACCCCGCCUCCCUGUCCCUUCCCGUCCCGCACCCAAUAAAUGUAGUUUGUUGUAUGGUAGGAGCGGCCGCCCCAGAGCUGCGUCUUCCCGAAGGAAUUAGUGCGGCGCUGCGCGAGGGGGCUGCUAAGGGACUGAGCCUGUGUGCAGUGAAACGCCGGCAGGUUCCCUGUCUUCCCGGUCACCGCCUGGACCGAGUCUAGCAGGAUGGCGCUGUGGCCCACAGGGAUCACAGAGGUGACUUCGGGCCUCCUACUAGCCCAGCUCACAGCGCUCACCUGCUUCCGCCGAGCCACUCCCUCUUCACGGAUUAAUAAAGCUGGGUUCCGCCCUGGGUCAAGGCCUUGGCUCCAGUUAGCCAUCCCGCUAGCUGGCCUUAGGACCCCCUGACUCUCCACAACUACAAA